GAGACCUGAUUUUGGUAUUCUGCUACCAAAUCUUCGAGAGUUAAAUAUGGCAGAUAAUUAUCUCACAGGAUCUAUCCCAGCAACAAUUUCCAAUAUCUCAACUCUUCAAAAAUUGGGAAUGAAUCACAACAGUUUGACAGGAAGUAUUCCUACCUUUGGAAAAGUACCAAAUUUGCAAUGGUUAUUACUUGAUACCAAUUCUUUGGGAAGUUAUUCUUUUGGAGAUCUUGAAUUCCUCAGUUCUUUGACUAACUGCACCAAACUAGAGUUCUUAAUGAUUAGUCGGAAUAGGCUUGGGGGUGACUUGCCUAUCAUUGCCAAUCUAUCUGCCACACUCAUCAAUUUAGGCCUUUCAGCAAAUUUCUUCUCUGGAAGAAUUCCUCAUGACAUUGGUAAUCUCAUAAGCCUACAAAUGCUUGGCUUGGGAGGUAAUAUGUUGACUGGACCACUCCCAACCUCUCUUGGUAAGCUUUCAGAUUUGGGGUUAUUAAGUCUCUACUCAAAUAGGAUGUCAGGAGAGAUACCAUCUUUUAUAGGCAACUUUACUCGCUUAACAGAACUCGAUUUGUCCAACAACAAAUUUGAUGGAGUCGUCCCUCCAAGUCUUGGUAACUGCAGGAUCUUGCUACAUUUGUGGAUAGGGUAUAAUAAGUUGAAUGGGACUAUACCUCGAGAAAUUAUGCAAAUUUCAUCCCUUGUUAACUUAAGCAUGGCUGGUAAUUCGUUGAGAGGGUCUCUACCAAAAGAUGUUGGACGACUACAAAAUCUUGUUACACUUAACGUCGCGGAUAACAAAUUAUCAGGGAAACUUCCUUUGGAUUUGGGAACCUGUUUCUCACUGGAAGAACUCUAUCUACAAGGAAAUUAUUUUGAUGGAACCAUUCCAGACAUAAGUGGGUUGGUGGCUGUUCAAAGAGUUAAUUUGUCAAACAAUAAUCUUUUUGGAAGUAUACCUGGAUAUUUUGCAAAUUUUUCAAAGUUGCAGCGGCUAAGUCUCUCUGAUAACAAUUUCGAGGGAUGCGUACCAACAGAAGGAAUAUUUCAAAAUGCUACUAUAGUUUCAGUAUUUGGGAAUAGAAACCUAUGUGGAGGCAUCAAGCAACUGAAACUAAAGCCAUGCUUAGCGCAAGGACCACCGGUGGAGACAAAGCAUUCCUCUCUCUUUAUGAAAAUUGCAAUAGGGGAGUCCUUCUUCAACCAAUUAAGUUCAGCUGGUGUUAGAGGAACCAUUGGCUAUGCCGCACCAGAAUAUGGAAUGGGAGGACAACCAUCAAUACAUGGUGAUUUAUAUAGCUUUGGGGUUCUCGUUUUGGAAAUGUUCACUGGAAAAAGACCAACCAAUGAGCUAUUUGAGGGGAGCUUUACCCUACACAGCUACACCAAGUCAGCCUUGCCAGAAAGAGUUUUGGACAUUGCAGACAAAUCGAUUCUUCAUAAUGGUCUCAGAGUUGGUUUCCCUGUCGUUGAGUGCUUGAAAGUGAUUUUUGAUGUGGGACUUAGGUGUUGUGAAGAAUCUCCAACGAACCGGUUAGCAACGAGUGAAGCCGCCAAGGAGUUAAUCUCAAUCAGAGAGAGGUUCUUUAAAACCCGAAGAACAGCGAGACGUUGAAGUGUUUAUGGUUUCCUCUACAAACUUUGCCAUCCACUUAAAAGCCUAAAUUAUAUAAUAUCAUACUGUAUUUCAUAAUCUGAAGUUUGUUUUUUCCUCUGUUUAUGCUCUGUUCUUUCCAGACAAAAGAGAUUGAAUGUUUGUGUGUUUCAGCUUUUACAUUUUCUGGGGAUAAGAAUAAUUAAGGCAAAAAUGAAGUAGCUGUGGUUUA